AUGGAGACACACCUCCACAUGCCUUGCCAUGGUGUUAGGCGCACCGUCAGAACGGAGGUCAAAUAUGAGACAUUAUUCCUACUUAGGGACAUUAUUCCCAACGAAGAUGUGGGAGUGACUACAAUAGAAAACACACUUGUGCAUUCCUUCAAUCUUUGCCAUAGUCGCGGCGGCUGGCUUGCCAAUGGCGACGGCGGUGUAGAUCCUGUACCUAGAUGGGCGACCUUGGCUAUUGGAGGAAGCUUUCCAUCUCUGCCUCUAGAUGUACCUAGUUGGGCGGACUUGGCUACUGGAGGAAUCUUGGUCGUCUCGUCGCCGGCGGUCGGGCUGCCCGGGCGGACCUCUCCUGUGCUGCGCCUCGACGCUGGCCGAGCCAAUCUCCAGAACACAAUGUCUGGUUUGGGUAUGCUGGAUAGAUCGCAGCUCGUCGACUACUAAGCUCGCCCCCGCCGUUCUGUUGGCGCAUCUCGAUCUGAAAUGGAGGGAAGUAGUGCGAUGUCACCUUUAGGAGAGCCCAUGUUUCCAAAAAUCGCAA